AUGCAAAAGUCAAGCAAAAGAAUCAAGCUAGAAAAUGAAAUCUUCUCCAAAUCCAUCAAGGACAUUGAGAAGAUGUUUAGCUGUUCCGUGGUGGAAAGCGAAGAAAGAUUCCACAAGAGACCAUCUACACUGGCGUCGGCCCUGCUAAAUAACACGCGGCUGGAUAUCUUCAGUGAUCAUGUUUUGAAAAAGACAGCGUUCGAAUACGACUGUGUGAAUCUUCUGUUGAUGGAGUCGCUCAGCGAACCAGAUGAUGGAGCCCCGGAGGAAGCCGAUGUGUGCUACAGCAAGGUUCAAACUUUGCAAGUGCCUACCUUGCCAUCGUCCACGCUAAUACCGGGCCAAAUCACAGCAACAGCGCCUUCGCCAGGCCACAUUCCGCUCGAUUUGCGUGACGAUUAUGAGUAUUUCGAUGCUAAGCACGCAGCAGGGUUCGUGGAGUCGAGUUUUCACAUCCCUCACUACAAGAAUUUGGAGAGGGACUUGCGAAUGAUUGAUCAAAUGCUUUCUCGUCCCUUCCACAGAGUGCACGUCGUCAAGUGA